AUGGCUGCUCUGGUCCAAACCUAUCCUCAACAAAGUGGAACAGUAACGUUGCUUCAGACCAGACCCAACACGAACUCAGGAAUAAUGCCGCCGCCCUCGGGAAACCAGCCUAACCAGGCAUACAUGGGCAAUCAACAAAGGAAUAACUAUCAUAACUUGUCUGGCAGCGUCGGAGGAGGAUCAAGCUCUUAUCGUGGCAAUGCACCGACUUCCAUUCAACCAUAUGCCUUCACGGCUACGCCGAGUCUAGCUAACGGCGGACAAUGGCAACAAUACGGCAAUUACCGUUCAUCGUCAAGCAUACCCAAUAUGCAUAUGGUGGACCCGAGUGCUGCGGCUCGCUCUCGCUAUCCUGCGAACUCGAACUCGUCGGGGAGUAGUAGUUCAGGCCAAACUACAAUGUCUGGUGGGCAUUCUCAAGACGACUCGCGAGCUACAUCUGUACCUCGACCUCAACUACCUCCCUUAAAUCUCUCAGCGAACCAGCCUACUUUUGCCCAAGUUGCAGCUGCGAAAUCCUCCCCGGAGCGGUAUAGACGACCAUCGCCGAGGUUUACAGACUCGGCUCCUAGCGUUCCGCAGGUGCAACAACCGCAUGGCUCGGCAAUGCCAUCGGGUUCCGGUAUGGCUAACGUGGUCCAUCUCUACAAUCCUCGAGCUAUGCCAGAAAGGAAAGUAGGAAUGUCUAGAAAUCCUGGAGCCGUUGCGAAUAGACCGCAUAGUGCUUACGGAGCUGGGAUUGCGAUGGAUGAUAUGCAACUAUACCGACAUCCUACCGAGGAAGAAACUAAAAGAUAUCGGCGGCGUAGCAUACAUUCGAUCAAUUCUUCCGAUUACCCAAACCCCCUGACCCCGCAGGAAUUGAAGAAGCAAGCGGAGGAAUCAUUCCGCCCUGAAGCACUAGCCGCCUUAAAGAAGCAGGGCGGUUUAGAUAAGAAUCAGAGAAACGCUGUACGGAAUGUUCCUGGUCUUCCUGCGAUAGAGAAAAACACAGUGCGGACUAGCAACGGCAGUUCAGAAAGUCUCGUCUCGAGUGGAAGCAGUAGUUCUAGGCCAUCAUCGUCUGCCAAUCGAAGCUCCAAUACCUCUGCCCCCACGGCCAGCCCCGCCUCCUCCACUUCUACGGAACGGAAGUCUGGGCAGGAUCCAUCAAAGCAAGUAAAUAUACCGCCUCGCGGCUCAUCAUCGACUGAUGUCGGCAAACGAACUAUUAAUCCAUCUCCGUUGUCGAAGCCGGUAACCAUGGCUCCUGGGUCAUCUGACGACUCAGCACCACCGGCUCUUGCACCGCAGCCGGCUUCAACCAAGCCUGCCGCACCGUCCACUUCGAUGGCUGAUAGUCCGGCAGCUAAACAACUCGCGGCCAUCAACGAGAAAGGUGGGAAGUCGAAGGGCAAGACGUCGCGACUAAGACGAGCUUUUUCCUUCGGGAGCGCAGCCGAACUCCGAAAGGUUACCGGACAGGAUAUCCCCGACGUGGGAAAGAAGUCCCAAAAUGACCCGUCGAGAUUGCACAAGAAUCCUCAACCCGAGGAUCUUUACGAGGCAGAACAGGCAAGGAUCGCGCAAAAGCAGGAGGAGAGCGGUAUCGGCAGCAGUAUCUACGCUGGCACCAGACUGUUCUCGGGAUCAACGGAUAACCUUUCGGUUUCCUCGACGGCAUCUUCUGCGUCGAUUAUGCUCCGCAAGAUGGGAAGGGGAAUGAAGAAAGGUGGCAGGUCACUAGUUGGAUUAUUUAGGCCCAAAUCGAUCAUCGGAGCGCCUGGUGAGGAGACGAUACCCGAGGGUUCCCAAGCCGCUGUGUCUAUGGUUACUGUCGAAGCUGAGCGCGAGCGAGCUAAUGCCCGUCCUGCCACUUCACAGCAAGCCCCUACUCUCCCCCCUCUGGAGACUAGUCAUGCGGAAACCUCGAUGAUUGACGGCCAUCCGUCCGACUUUUUGGGCAACUCGAACUUGGACAACUCGGCCGCGAGGAAAAGCAUUAUCGGUGGUGAGAGGGAACGAGCGGAAGUUCUUGCUACUAUCCGGAAGGGUAUCCUGAAGACUCGUAGCAACUCGCCUAGCCCCUCGGCUCAAGGUACCGGCUUGGAUCUCCCAGGAAUUCCUAACGUUUCCAACUCCCCUAGCUCUACUGCUCCAAGUACACCAAACGACGACGAAAGCCAAGCGCAUAGACGAAACGAACCCCUUGCUAUUGGCAACGAGGAUUACUUUGUGUCGGCGUUACGCCUUCGCCAAGACACGAAGAGUGCGCCUACGACGCCUCAGGGAUCAUCCGGCAAACGAAAUGCUACUUUCAGCCCGCGCAUAGUAUUUUACGAUACAUGGCCGAGUGGAGAGUACGAUCGUCGUGGUGAUAUCGCGACUUGCAAUCGUCUAACUCCCAUGCUGGCUCAACAGAUCAAGGAAGAGUUGAACACAUUCAAAAUGGAAAUGGAGGUUCAUGAGACGUCCAAGAUUUAUACGCACUUUUUCUAA